AUGGUGGGAAAAAAUCCGGAUUCGGGGAUGAGAAAACCUAAUGAUAGUACAAAUCGUAGAAGCAAUAGAGAUCCAAGAGUCGGGGCAGAGAAGAAGGAUAAUGAAGACUCCGGUUUAAGAAUCAACGAAUCAGGUCAGAUUCGUGACAGCAAAGAGUCAGACGCAGAGACACGAGCUAAUUUUCAGCAACAGAGACAGAGAGAUAUUCAGAUGCAGAGGAGAAGCAAUGAAACAGAGUCGAGAUCUUUGCAACAGAAGAAUUGGGGUACAACUUCGUAUUGGAGAGGCUCUGAAUCCCUAACUCAUAUCAGACACGAAUCGGCUCAGUCGAGUGAGUAUCCAGUUCGUCCCGGUGAAAGAGAUUGUGCACAUUAUCUACGAACUGGUCUGUGUGGCUAUGGAAGUAACUGCCGUUUCAAUCAUCCUCCUACUCAUUUUUCACCGGAGGCUACAGAGAGGAUUGCUCCACAAUGCAAGUUUUUCCUAAGGGGAUAUUGUAAGUUCGGCUCAAGUUGUCCAUUUACUCAUUCAAAGAGAAAUGUUGGUUCAGAGUCAAGUUCUAUGGCAGAGAAGAGGGCAAGAACCACUCAGGAGCGUGAUCCAGAAGAAAGAGUCCAAGGAGUGAAUGAUGAUAUCGAACAGGGAGAAGGAAAUGUUGGGUUGCAGAGUGUAGAAGCUCAAGAAACAAACGAUGAUAUUGAAGAGGGAGAAGCAAAUGUUGAGUUGGAUAAUAUAGAAGAAGAUAUAGUGCCUGGAUAUGAGCGAGUGAGGUUUGAACAGGGAGAAGAAAAUCUCGGGUUGCAGUUGCAGUUGAUAGGGGCUCUGGAGGAACGAACCUUGACGACACAGGAGAUGCGUGAUCAUGAGCUGGAGAAGAGGCAGAGAGAUAUUCAGAGGCAGAGGCGAGAGGAAAAGUUGAAACUUGAUCAGAUGAAAGCCACUGUUGAAUUCAGUGAUGGGAGCGGGCCUAAAGAGGAUAUGCAGCAACAGAUAAUGAAGAUUGAAGAGAAACAGAGACGGAGAGAUAUUGAAAAUCAGAAGAGGGAGUCUCGUUUGAAACUUGAGCAGAUGCAAGAGGAACAGAGACGGAGAGAUAUUGAAAACCAGAGGAGGGAGUCUCGUUUGAAAAUUGAGCAGAUGCGAUCCACAGUUCAAUUCGAUGAAGGGAGUCAAGUCAGAGAGGCAUUACCGGAACUCGGGUUUCAGAAGAAAGAGGGCGAUGGGUUUUGA